AUGGCAAAGAAACCAGGGAGGGACCCCAGCGCACCCAAGCGCAACAUGAGUGCGUAUCUUCUGUAUCAGAACUCUAUGCGAGCACAAUUCAAAGCCAUGAAUCCAGGCAUGACAUUUGGCCAGCUUGCCAAGUACACCUCUGCCAUGUACAGCGAUAUUUCACCUAGCGAGAAGGAAGCUUGGGUGGCACGUGCCGAAGCGGACAAGUCUCGAUAUUUGCAACAACUGUCUUCCUACAUUCCUCCCCCAGGGUAUGAUGAAAAGGGCGAUGCUAUUGUCUCAUCAAUGUACACCAGACCAGGACGCAAGGGAAAACCAGAGCGAGAUCCCAAUGCACCUAAACGAAAUCUAUCCGCUUAUUUGCUAUAUCAGAAUGCGAUGCGGAACCAAUUCAAGAGGGAAAAUCCAGGGAUGACUUUUGGACAACUUGCAAAGUACACAAGUCACAUGUAUAAGAAUCUGACACCAGACGAAAAGGCAACAUGGGAAGCUCGUGCAGAACAAGACAAGGCCCGAUUUGAAGCUGAAAUGGCAGUGUACGUUCCGCCUCCUGGUCAUGAUGCUCGUGGUGUACUUAUCAUGGAUCAAGUACCAAAAAAGCGAACUAAACGGGGACCCAGAGAUCCUGCAGCGCCAAAACGAGCUAGUGGGGCGUAUGUUUUCUUUACAAAUGAGAUGAGGCCGCAAGUCUUGAAAGAGUACCCUGGUAUUCGCUUUGUGGAGCUUGGAAAGGUCAUGGGUGAACGUUGGAGAGCACUUGCUCCUGAGGAAAAGAGACGGUUUGAAGAUAUGGCUUCGGAAGAUAAGCUUCGGUUCCAAGUCCAAAUGCAAGACUAUCAAGCCAAUCAAGAAGCAGCACAACCCCCACCUCCACCAUCCCCUCCGCCGAUACCUGUAUCAUACGACCAGAUGCAUUAUGCACCACCGCAAGCGCAUCAUUUCUACGAUCCAUAUGCUGCUCACUACCACCAUACGUAG